AUGACUCAAGUUCUGACCGUACAACUUGAGCAAAUCGACGAGCAACUCCUCGGAGCCGAUAUCAGAUUCAGUAUCACACUAGCUGAAGACCGGCAACCAGAGCUUAAGAGUCUUGCCAACCACCCGUGGCGCAUUUUCGAAACCCCGUACGCAGAUGAUGAAGGAGACUUGGUGGAUUGCCCUGACAAUGAAAUAUAUCACACGAAUCCAGCCGAAGAGAGCCUAGAAACACUCUAUAACACACUCCAUAAUCUUCAAUACGAAGCCCAUGAAAUACAGCAACAAAUCCAAUACCAGAGACGUAUUAUCCGCGAGCAGCUCGCAGCAGGCUGUCUAAGUAACAGCAACACCACCGCCUGGGAAACCUGCACGACCCUCGCCUGCAAAGUGAGAUAUACAUUUUCACUCAUCCCGGGCUUUAUCCGCCAGAUGCGCUACCAGUUCGGACCACUACCUGACUCAAUCCCAAAUUCACUCUGCACAAAAGAUCAAUUCACGAAGAUAACCACAUCACUCAACGCCACCGCGAACACAACAACCCUCCACCAAACAGCAUCGUCAAACUUCACCAUCACAAACCGCCAGACAUCCCCCAUAACCCUCCCAACUCUUCUAAUCCUUUCCCUCCUCCUCGCAAUUCCGAUCCUCAUCGCCCUCCUCAUCUGCCACAAAGCCACAUGUUGCCUCCGGCGCCGCGCAGACAGAGCCGCGCGACGAGAAGAGCGUCGAACUCGCGCCGCCUACAAAUCUGCUGCUAGACGCCUACGGUGGAGGCAGUGGCUGGAAUCUUGGGGAUUCUCCUUCUUAGACUCUGCGACGACAACAAACUACGCUCAAGUCCACGACCUAUCACCCAUAUCGGGAGACGUCGACAGAGAUAGCGGAGCUCUAGGUGAGAGUCGAACUCGGCAUCCGUACCCGCAACUACGAGGCCGACCUAGGGAUGGCGAAACCAGCGGCAGCACCAACACCAACAUCCUAGCCACCGAAAUCCUCACCUUCCGCCAAGCCCUCGAAUACGUCGGCGAUCUCAUCCGCGUCCCUCCGAACCGGGAGAGGGACCUGGAGAGUGGGUAUCCCCUUCAAGACCCAGAUGCAGAUGUAGGUCCAGAUAUGGGACGAAACCGCAGAAGAGACGCAAGCCGUAUUGGGAGACGGAGUCGCGCGGCAUCAUCGACAGCGGGUCUGUCAACGGUUGUCUCGCUUCGGACGGUGACGAUGAGUAUACCGGAUACGGAGACCGAGACGGAUGUAGAUGUAGAUGGUGUGGAGGGUAUUGCGCCCUCCGAGUCUUGUCUGACGCUGGAUACGUUGCUUUCGGAGACCCCGCCGCCUAGUUAUCAUGCGUGA